UCAAAUCUUUGACGCUGCUUGCUCAUUGGAGCCGCUGGUGAGAUGUGAGCGAGGAGCGAAGCUUAAACUAGAAGAAUACAAGAAGUUAAAUAGACGCAGGCGAAGAUUUCCAUGUUUAACCAUGAAGAGACAACGCUCACCUUCAGAGACUAAAACUACCCAGUUGGCGUGUGUGUUUUGCAAUUUGACGGAAGACUGUCCAGAAAAGUAUGGCGAGAAGAAGACCUACAAGGAGUACGAUAUCACCCUGCAUUAUUUCUGUCUUUUAAUGUCCAGUGGUCUGUACCAGAAAGGGGAAGAAGAUGAAGGCAUACAUGGGUUUUUGAUAGAAGAUAUCAAAAAGGAAAUAAUUAGAUCCUCAAAGCUGAAGUGCAAGAUUUGUAAGAAGAAUGGAGCUUCUGUUGGCUGUUCAGUCAAAGAAUGCCGCAAGACCUUUCACUUCCCUUGUGGAAUACAAAAAGAAUGUAUUUUCCAGUAUACUGAUCUGUUCCCGUCAUUUUGUUGGGUCCACAGACCAGUUCAGCCCUUCAGUAUGCCCACAAAUUUAAGUGGUACAUUUGCUUGUACUAUAUGCCUUGAAUUCAUCUUGCCUGUGCCAUCGUAUGGUGUAUUAAAGUGUCCCUGUUGUAGUAGCAGUUGGUUUCAUAGGGAUUGUGUACAGCAUCAAGCUUACAGUGCUGGAAGAUGGUUUUUCAGGUGCACUCUGUGCAACAACCAGGACUCGUUUCAGGAGGAGAUGCUUAGAAUGGGCAUACACAUACCUGAGAAAGAUGCUUCUUGGGAACUGGAAGAAAAUGCUUAUAGUGACCUAUUGCAAGCAUACGAGCGUUGUGAUGUUCUUCAGUGUAAGUGUAGAAGAGGCAGAGAAUAUUCACAGAUGGACAGCCAGUGGGAAAUUGUAAGAUGCCAGUAUUGUGGUUCCAGGGGAACCCACCGCAGAUGUUCGUCUUUGCAGAGUUUGCAGGAAAAUUGGGUGUGCAUUGAAUGUGAAAAUAUCAUUCAUGAAUCUGGGCACAGCCUUCAUUCCUUGCCAACUACACCACAGCAGUUGAUCUCACCGAAACGCCUAAGACUCUCACCCAGGUUUAGCAGGAGUAUUUUAAACAGACAGCUGCAGUUUCCAAGGUCAGCUGCAGAAGUUUUGAAGGAACUCGAUCAGCAAAUAGACAAAAGUGCAACUACACUUUUCUCUGUUGACAGAAGGAGUGUACUUGAUGGAGCCCUGUGCACAUUAAGGCAUAAAACAUUUAAUCCUUACGCCCAAAUUGAAGUAAAAUUUACAGAUGCAAACUGUCUGUUUAAUAAUUCAAACAGCAACUGCCGUGAAUUUCUAUGCUUACUCAUGCGUGAUCUUGAACAUUCCUUAUUAUUUCAAGGAUCAUCCCUUGGCAAGAAUCUGGCCCUUGACUCUCAAGCUUUACAUGAAAAUUUAUACUAUGAUGCUGGAAGGAUAAUUGCCCUCUCCCUUGUACAUGGCGGCCCUUUACCUGGUUUCUUUUCCAGACUUUUAUUUGAUUGCAUUGUCUAUGGAUCAGAAAAAGCUGAGCCUUCUCUGGAGGACUUGUCUGAAGACUGCAUAUCAUUAAAGAUUAAGAAAAUAAACGAAGCCCAGACUGAAGAAGAACUGCAGGCCUCCGUAAAUGCAGCAAGUGAAUAUUUGCUUAUAGCCGGCUGCUCUACAAAAGCCUGGAUGUUGUGUGACAAGGACAAACUCGUUCAGCAGCUCUUGAACUUCCAUCUGAUUCUGAGGAUUCAAAUGCCUCUGCAGAGAUUCUGUGAAGGACUCAAAACUCUUGGGGUCUUGGAAAAAGUCCAGAUGUUCCCUGAAACUUUCUCCAACCUCUUCUGCCAGAAACCAGAAAAGCUUACACCGUUAAAGCUCUGGGACCUUUUCACUGUUCAUUUUUCUGCCAAUGAAAAUGAAAACGUUAAAGAAAACAGCGUUUUUUGCUUCUGGGUGAAGUACUUGCAGGACUGUUAUGCUUCACAAUGUGCUGCAUCACUGGAGAUGAUACUCAUUUUUGUGACCGGGGCGGACGCCAUCCCACCAGUUGGUUUGAACCCAACUCCAUCCAUUGAGUUUGUGCAUAAUCGACACAUUACUCGGAGGGCUUUUCCUGAAGCUGACACACACUUAAACGUACUGAAACUGCCAGUUGUAAAAAAUUACAAGACGUUCAUAGCCAACAUGGAUUAUGCAAUCUGUCAGACUGUUUCAAUGUGAAAUGCUUGUCAUUUUAAAUUUGUAAAUAUCCUGGUUUCUCUGUACUUUUUGGACUCGGUGAGUGAGUGGACAGAUACUCCAGGUUUAUGCUUUGUGAUUUUUUUUUUUGAUUUUUUUUUUAUAAUCAUCUCGUCAAGCAAAAAUAUUUGGCCUAAAUUUUAAUUGAGCACAGUACACUGGGAUCCUAAUUUUGAACACUCGUGGUGCUGCAGUUGUGCUUUCUGGUGGUAACACUUGCUCUGUGCAGACUGCAAAAGGAGGAAGGAGAACCUGGGAGAACAUUCUGUUUAAAUGUGCUGUCGAAAUGCUCAGCUUUGUUCACUCCUUCAGUCUGUUUGGGGAUCUCAAGUGAAGAAGGACCAGCAGGCCAUUGUCUCUCCUAGCAGCCGGCGUUGCGUCCCGUCACUUCUACACAGGAGGAGCCGGCUUCAGUUGUUUUUGCACUCCUGGUCCAUUUGUUUUGUGAUAAUCAGAAGAGGAUCAGCUACUUUGUUUCAGUAUCCAGUUUCACACCACAAACGUUCAAGCCGAUUAGAAGCCAUCAAUAGACACCCCACUGGCAUGUCAUGAACUUCUUCUUUCAUUGGGCAGAAACUUCCAAACCUCAGGAAAGAUCACCACGAAAUGUCGAAGUAUGCCACAUAUCUGCACCCCUGCAUUUGCAAUAACUAUGGUUUGCUUACUAACCUCAGCCCAGUGAGGUCUUAAGUGUAAAUCUGUAUGUAUUUUUAUAUUAAGAUUGACAAAUUAUGGACAAAAUAUUUCCCAUAAUGCACAGUAUUUCUUGUCGUUAUGUCAGUCCAGUGACUAUUCAAAUUCAUAAGUCAUACUAACCGCUCCAGGGAUUGCUCAGUACCACAAGACCAUUUCCAAAAGGUCCCGGCCUUGUGGUUUUGUUUCACAAAGUAGUGGAAUUGGUGCGUUCACAUCAUCCAAAAUAAAAUCUGGACUACAAGGAAAUUGCACCAGGAUUGGGGGGGGGGGAACUGCUCCAAACCCAGUGUGACAAAGUUGAAAAGCCAUUUCAGAGUUCCAUUGUUUUAUCUCAGAGCUACAACAAACAUUUGAAAAAUGGGGGGAUACGAUUUCUUGGGGGUCGAAUUUCAUAUGAAUGUCUCCAUUUAAUGAGUUUCCCCACCUCCGGAAUGUGUUUCAGAAACCAGAAACUUUUUAGAAGUUCAGGAAUUUUUGUACCAUUCCCUCCUGCAGGAAAUCUCACCAUUUGUAGUUCCUGGGGCUUUUUAUUUUUAUUUUGUAUUCCUCUUCCUCCAGGGUGUGUGUACUUUUCAUUCAGUGAUUAAAUUAUUGUGGGUGGGGCCCGUGCGAUGAAUUGUGCUGAUUGGUUGACCACAAGCACUUGGUGCCAAGUUACAAAUCUGUUUGUAGUUUGGACUUUAGAAUUUUAAAUUAUUGAUGAAGAUGGAAUGCUGCACUUCACACCACACCACUCUUCAUAGCUGUUUCCCUGGCUCUCCAUGGCAAUGCGCUGCAUCGAAGUAAUAAUCUCCCCUGUGAAGUUGCAAUCGCUUCCAAGCAAUAAGGUGCGGGGGUCCCUCAUGAUCUUCCCGAACGUGCCUCACGUCGCACCACAUCACUCUUCUUUGCACAUCACAUAUUUUGUGUGGUGGGAACACAACAAUGGCCAGGGCCUACAUCGUACAGGAGCUCAUUGGUUCCUGAAAAUGUAGCUCCUGUGGUGGGAGAACCACCUUUAUCCGAUUUGUGAUACAACUAAACUCUGGCCUUAUUCCAAUGUCAUCAAAAAUGUUGUGGUCACAUUGUACUUGGAGUGUUGAGACACUCGGUUAUUUUGUUUUUUAUGCACCCUGGAAAAGCUUCUUCAGUAGAACAGAAAGAAGCUCACAGGGCAACACAAAAGAAUUGUCAAAGUUACAGGCUGAGUCGACAACGGCAAGACCGAGAACCAACCGAUCAAGCCAAAACAGAAAAAACUUGGUGGUUGGGAGGAAUUUCUGACCGCCUCAUAAUCCUGUCCCUAAGUAAUCAUUCAGAUUCAUGCUGUACUUUAACGAUCCCUUAAAUCAGUGGUUACUAAACUUCAUUUUUUUCUUUCCUCCCAAUUUUGCCCAUUGCAUGUCCUCGUGACCCGUAAUGACUGCGAACGACGGCCGAUCAUCGUGACUUUCCCCCGACCAUUGUCCGUGGAUUGGGGUUUCCCUCUCUGAGAGUUGCUGCCGACUGUGGUCUGGGUAAGAGUUCCCAAUUGAGGAAGUCUGGGCAGGCAGUUUGUUUUAGCCAUUCAAGUGACGACCCAUUGCAGGUCUCUUUCCACAAACCAUUUAUGACCCUUUCCUGAUUCACUUCAUUUAUAAUUCACCAUUAGAGAGAUCUCUGGUCACAAACCCCUAGUUUAAGAAACUCUGCCUUAAAUAGUCGUGGAAAUAAUGAUGUUCUACACAAGACUAGCACUUGGUGUCCCUGCCAAUCACAAAGACAACAGCAAAGUCAAACUGAUGCUGAUAUGAUGUUGGCAGCAAAAGAAUAGAAAUGAUCAGCACUAAAUAUUGGAUAACCGCAUCAAAUCCCGUUCCCAAAAAUAAAGUUGUAAGUGCUAAACAUUGACUCAUAAAAGCAUUUACUUCAUUUUCAUAUAAAAAAAAAAUAAGCUUCAAGUAUUUUAGUGCAAGUUAAACCGCAAAUAAACAAUAGUCACCAAACACAAACUGUAAAUGUACGCGAGUGCCACAAAGUGGAAAGGCGAGCUGUCGUUCUGAAAAUACCCAAAGUACAGCAAAAGACCCCGAAGACGCCACCGUAACGAUAAGAACCUGCAGGGAGAACGGCUCGAUGAUUUAAGUUUACCUCAGUAUUUAAGCUUAAUUUUUUUUUCUUGUAGCUUUUUUUUUUUUUUUUUGGUUAUUUUUUGAAGCAUUAAAAAUAGUAGCGAUUACACUUUAAACUUUUGUUCAUUUAUGGCUGUGUAGCAGCAAAUAUAAAUUAUUUAAAAAAAAAAAAAAAAUUCCUGAUGCCACGCUCAUCUUGCUGCUGGUGUUAUUAUUUAACGUCGUGAACAAUGUUUUAUUUCUAUUUACGUUACUUUGUGCUUUAUAAGCUGCUUUUUCUGUUCACAGGUGUUAGAAAAAGUGGAACUUUCAGCAAACGUAAAACUUUUUAUCGGACUUCAGGUCUCGCAUGACUUGCUUUUUCUUCAAUGUAAAUUUCCAUAUUUUAUGAUUUUAAAUGUAUUUUAUUUCAGUGUCAGUGUUGGUUCUUGUUUAUAAUCCUUUUCCGCUGGAAAGCCUCGUUUCUUCCUUCACGUCUUUGGAGAUCACUGUGGCUUUACAGACAAUUUCUUUAUGUGUCGUUCAUCUUUUCCCUGGAUUUUGUCUUUGUAUUUAUAAAUUUGUAUGGUGUCAUUGUCAAGAUGUUUGAACAUUUUAGUUACUACCUGGUGUUUCUGCCGCGGUUGUUUACUUGUGUCGCAGCCUUCGGCCUGUAAUUGGAGGUAAAUUGCGUAUCACUAUGUUAUUUGUUGUAAAAUAUAAAUUCUCAUUUUAUUGAUUCAGGUAUCUUUUUCCAUUUAAAAUCUUAUGUUGCCUUUUUGUUAUUCCUUUAUCUCCAUUUUCUUAAAAUAGUGUUUGCUAUGAAUUUGACAUAUUAAGUGUACAGCAAGUUACAAUUUUAUUUUUUUUGAUUAUUUGAUGUCUAUAUCUGUGUUUUGUAUUGUUUACGUUUUAUUGUUGUUCUAUUUUUGUGUUGGUAUUUCAACUUUGUUUUUGUUUAGAACCGAAAGUUUCCUUCCCCUUAGAAAUGUUCUGUUAACAGAAUUUUAAUGUGCAAAUUUGGGGUUUCUCAUCUGUUGACCUCCCAUGCACAAAGUGCCCUGUCUGUAUUUCAGAGUUGUUUUGUGCACAUCGCAAUAAACCCACAAUUCAAUCAAAACCAAUGAUGGUGUUUUUACAUCCCCAGUAGGGUGGUCUUUUAAAUAAAUCAUGAAUUUC